UUGAAUGUGAGAGAUGUAGGCGUUAACAUGGAAAUGACCUAACACGAGGUGGGACGGGACGGGUAGGAAGGGAAGACAGCCAUUGCAUAUCGCUUGAAGGAGCGUCUGCACAUCCAUACACAAGGAAAUCGCCCUGCAUAGACCAUAUAGCUCACCACUUCUACGUCCCCGGUCUUCCGUAGACCGCCACGCUCGUCUAUACCGUGCCCAUGUAUUCAGCUGCCUUCAUUCUGCCCCUUCCUCGUCGCGUGCUGGGACAACCUGGCACGAUCUACCAUGCGUGGAUUUGUGAAUCAUGAAAGAGGGCCUCGUACUUGGAUAUGCCAUACGUAUAGGGAGGGUGUCAUGGUAGUCCCCUUCGCUGUCCAUAUGGUGUGGGGAGACGCAGAACAGUCGGAUAAAACCGUGCUAGAGGAGGAUGCACGGAGAGCAGAGCCAACGCCAACAAGCGUGUGAGCAGCGAGAGAAGUGCCCAGGAAGGAGACGAACAAGGGCAGAAGGCGAACAAGAGUGGGAACGCAGGGCAAGGCGCAGCGGCGAGCAACGACCGGUGACCAGCUGGAGUGAGCUGUCGCGCCAGUAUUCAGCCAGCUUUCACGCACGCUGUAGGUCCGGGUUUGCGGACGUGUAUGCCAUCCAUAGCCGAAGACGAUGGUCGC